AAAAUUAGCUUGAUUGGCCACCGGAAGCGUGUUCUGGCAUCUUUGGGAGACAGGCUUCACGAAGAUCCUCCUCAGAAACCACCUCGGUCAAUAACCCUCAGGGAACCCAGCGGUAACCACACUCCUCCUCAGUUGUCUCCAUCACUUAGCCAAAGCACUUUCACUACUGGUGGCUCCCUGGACGUUCCCCACAUUAUCAUGCAGGGCGAUGCAAGGAGAAGAAGAAAUGAAAACUAUUUUGAUGAUAUUCCCCGGUCAAAGCUGGAGAGGCAGAUGGCACAGCAGUCUUCGGUCUGUGAGAUCUGGACCAACCAGAAUGCAGGAUAUCCUUUCUCAUCGAUUCAUCAGGUUCAUAAUACAGGAGACUGGGGAGAGCCUUCCAUUACCUUGAGACCUCCAAAUGAAGCCACAGCAUCAACGCCUGUACAAUAUUGGCAACAUCAUCCAGAGAAACUCAUUUUCCAGUCAUGUGAUUAUAAAGCAUUUUAUUUAGGUUCUAUGCUGGUAAAAGAAUUAAGAGGCACAGAGUCAACACAGGAUGCCUGUGCAAAGAUGAGGGCAUUCACUAAUUGUAGGAAAUCUACAGAACAAAUGAAGAAAGUACCAACCAUUGUCCUGUCCGUCUCUUACAAGGGAGUCAAAUUUAUUGAUGCAACAAAUAAGAAUAUUAUUGCUGAGCAUGAAAUCCGUAACAUUUCCUGUGCUGCACAAGACCCUGAAGACCUUUCUACGUUUGCGUACAUCACUAAAGACUUGAAGACUAAUCACCACUACUGCCAUGUAUUCACUGCAUUUGAUGUGAAUUUAGCUUAUGAAAUCAUUCUUACACUAGGACAAGCAUUUGAGGUGGCCUAUCAGCUUGCACUACAAGCACGAAAAGGGGGCCAUUCUUCAACCCUCCCAGAAAGCUUUGAAAAUAAACCCUCCAAACCUAUUCCCAAACCACGUGUUAGUAUUCGGAAGUCAGUGAUAGAUCCGUCCGAACAAAAGACUCUCGCGAAUCUACCUUGGAUUGUUGAACCUGGACAAGAGGCCAAAAGAGGCAUUAAUACCAAGUAUGAAACUACAAUUUUCUGAUACAAAACUGUCCCCCCUUCCUUGUUGUGCCUUGCACGCCAAGCAGUCACAGCACAGCCUUUCCUUUUUGGCAACGUUUCAAUCCAGCAGAGAGGAAGACUGCACUGUAUGAGUGGCCUUGUAACUAACAAAAAAGGCUGACAGUCAUUUCUGGUGAUGUUCUUCUUCCUGCAGCACUGACAGAAGAAUGACACUAUAUGAAGACUUUUAAAAUUACAGUCCACAAGAGGAGUGAGAAACCUUAUUUUUCACGCAGUUCUCCCUUGUGAUGCUGCCACAGUGCUUUCUUUGAUUUCUUAUUUUAGAAUUCUACUUUUUAAGAAAUAAAAAAACCGAAAGGUCUCUAAACAAACACUAAUGCUGCCUAUGAGUAGAAUAUUUGAUUGGUUUUUUAUUUAAAUCUUGGCAGUUUUUAAUUGAAAUAGAACCAGAAUUAAUAAGUAGAGUAUUUGUGAAACCACUGAAUUCAUUAAUAAUUACUGUGUUGAAUAAAGAACUUACUAAAGUGACAAGAAAUUAGGCACCCUGAUUUCUGUGUGCGCUGGUUUUAUAUGUAAUCAUUGGUGUCCUUUGAUCCUCUACAGAAAUAGAACCUCUUGCAUUGUCACAAAGGAUCAGAGUUUUAUGAAUGGUUAGAAAAAGGUAUUAAUAAUGCACAGAAAACAUUUAUUAGAUAUUUUUAUGGAAGAGAAGUACUAUAGGAAAACAUAUGAAUAUUUAUGGAAGGAAGCCAGAUUAAUUAUGACAAAUACUGUUUAUUUUAAAGUUAAGUAAACCACUGCUAUUGCAGCAUUAUGAAAAAUGUAAGAGUUGUAGCAUCAGUGCACUGGAUGUUCCAUGUGAUCAGUCUGGAAUGAAAGUGGAAUGGUCAUUCUACUACACCUACAUAUAGCUUAUGCAGUUCAACAUUGCUAUAGCCAUGAAUUCUACUAGUAUUUUUAAAAAAUAAUCUCAGUGGUUCUAAAAGAAGUCAAAACCAUGGAUUUUUGCUAUCAAGAUUUCUGUCACAGAAAGCUUGUUUAGAAGCGUGUUGAUAAAAUUCUACUGCAAAAACAUUUUCUAAGUAAAAAUAGUGAGAAAAAGAAAAAAAUUCCAAAGUAAUAAAAAUGUUUUCAUGGAACAAAACAGUUAAGCAUUUGCUUAAUAUUUGAUUAAAUAAGAUUUACUUACAUUUUCUUUGAAGUGUUUUAAUUUUUUUAAUGUCUGUGGAGUAUUUGUAUAAUACCAUGAUGUAUAUUUAUGUAGAACUGAAAUUAUAACAGUACAAAUAUCACUAUAGGAGAAAAAUGACAUUUUAACGUAUACUGUUCUAUCCAGUCAAAUUGUGAAUCAUUUUGAAGUUCAUUAUAGAGAUAUUGAUAAA